AUGACUAUACUUAGGAAUCAACAAGCAUCUAUACUCAACAUUGAGAAACAACUCGGGCAACUAGCACAUCAAGUGAACAAGAAAAGACCGGGUGAACUUCCAAGUAAAACCGAGAAUAAUCCGAGAAUGGAGAAUGUGAAUGCCAUAACAUCUAGUUAUGGAGAAAUUUUCAUUCCUCUGACCCCUGCACAGAAGGUCUCAACUAAGGUGCAAACAAAAAAGACAGAAGAGUCGAGUGCAACUAAACCCAACCGGACUCGCCGAGUCCCUCUAAUGGAGUCGACGAGUCCAUGCCCUUAUAACAAAUCUGUUGUUUCCUUAAAGCCUUACAUGCCUCCUUUGCCAUUUCCAAUUCGAGCCAUACCUGAUGAAAAGGUCAAAGCAUACAGAUCCUUCAUGGAACAUGUUAAAGCCCUUCAAGUCAAUGUCCCGUUUAUUGAAACGAUGCUUCAAACACCCAAAUAUUUAAACUUGCUAAAGGGUCUCUUUGCUGCUAGAAAAGAUAUGGCAGAAGUCGCAGAAUUAGUAUUAAAUGAACUACCAGAAAAGAAGGGUGAUCCGGGGAGCAUCUCGAUUCCUUGCCAAUUUGGGAAUAUACAUGCUACUCAAGCGUUGACCGAUUCGGGUGCAUGUAUUAACUUAAUGCCUUUUUCUUUCUUCAAGAAGCUGAACUUAUCGGAGCCGAGGUUUAUUAAUAUGAAGAUCCAUUUGGCGGACAAGACAAUAAUUCGCCCAAGAGGUGUUUGUGAAGAUCUCCUCAUAAAAGUGGAUAAAUUUGUAUUCCUCGUGGACUUUGUUGUGCUUGACAUAGAAGAAGACCCCGAAAUUCCAAUUAUUUUGGGGAGACCAUUUUUGAAUACCGCAUGUGCAUUGAUAGAUGUAUGCGAGUCCACACUAACAUUGAGGGUAGAAGACGAGUCAGCUGUGUUUAAAGCUAUACCAGAGAUUAAGCAAGAAGAAACAAGAAAAGAAGACGUUUCCUUCAUUGAUUUGGAUGAUGAAAUACUCCAAAAAGAACUUGCACCCCUACAAGAAGAAGAUCCAAGUAAAUUUUUACUAUCUUCUGGAGGAAAUAGUAAUGUUGAAAAAGACUUAGAGGAGAUAGAGAAGCUGCUUAAAGGAACUGAUUCAGAAAACACAUUGGAAUUUCCUUGCCUAAUUUGGACUUGA